AUGGUACAGAGUCUUGGACAUAAAGAUAACAUCAGAAAUCAUAUCAAUAUGGAAAUCAACAACUCUCCUCGGGGGUUUCAGCAUAAAGAAGUACCUUGGAACGAACAUGAACGUGCAAUUAAAAGAGCAUAUUGGUUGGAUUCCCUCAUGAAUGAUAGGAUUUGUAAAGAGCAGUUACGUAUGGAUCGGAGAUGUUUUGAUAAGUUAUGCGAGGUUUUAGUUACUAGAGGAGACCUAGUUACUACUAGGAAUGUGACCAAUAAAACUAUUGGUGUCGUGUUCACUCGUUCGAGAGAAACGGUAAGCCGUCAAUUCCAUACCGUGCUCAAAGCUGUGAUGAAAAUAGGCAAGUAUUAUAUCAAGCAAGUAGAUUUCAAUGUGACUUAUGAUGGAGACAACAAGUGGAAGUGGUUUGAGAAGGCACUUGGGGAACUUGAUGGGACACUUAUUAAGAUGACAGUUCCCGUCGAAGAUCGACCUAGAUAUAGAGAUAGAAAAGGAGAUAUUACUACCAAUGUACUAGCUACAUGUGAUCCAAGUCUUCGGUUCAAUUAUGUUUUGCCUGGCUGGGAGGGAUCGGCUUAUGAUCCUUGCAUUUUAGGGGACGCCCUCCGAAGACCUAAUGGUCUCAAAGUUCCUAGGAGCUUCUUGGCUCCAUAUAAAGGUACACGUUACCAUUUAAACUUGUGGAGAGGAAGUGCUCCUACAAACUACAAAGAAUUGUUCAACUUGCGUCAUUCAUCCGCACGUAAUACUAUUGAAAGAGCCUUUGGGUUAUUGAAAAAGAGGUGGGCUAUAUUGAGGAAAAGUAGCUUUUAUGAUAAGCAAACACAAGUAAGAAUCAUAAAUGCAUGCUUUGUUCUCCAUAAUUUUGUUAGAGAAGAAAAUUUGUAUGAGAAGAAUUUGUUAAAUGAGGUGGACGAUGAUUUAUCAAAUGUAGAAGCUUUUGAUACAAUGGAGGAUAAAGGGGAGGAUUUCAUUUCAACGGCACAAGCCUCACCUCAAUGGAACAACUUAAGAGAUAAAAUGUCACAAAAAAUGUUCCGAGAAUACCAAGCUCGAAUGGGGGCUACUUGA